AUGAAACAUUCCAUUAGAUACCAACAAAAGGAUGAAUUUGCUCUAUUAAUGAAAGCAAAAGCUGACACUUUUCAUGUUUUAAACUUUCUUCAAAUAGACCAGUUAAAAGGAAAUUAUACUAGUGUAAUAUCAAGUUUAUGUGCUGUUUUGAUUUGUUUAUUAUUGUCUAUAUUCAAAAAAUCAUUCAUUUUAACUUUCUUGUUAAUUAUAGUAACAACUAUUUUCCAUAUUACUGUAUUAACUCUUCAAACAAGUGAAUUUGCUUUACCAAUUUCUGGUGUAUUGCAGAUUAUUAUUAAUUCAAGUAAACAACCACUUCUUGUUAUUUCAAAACAAAUACUUUCAUUCUUUACAUUAUUAGCAUCUGCAUUCCCAAUUAUUCAACCUUAUGUGAUUUCUUGGAUUACUGCAAUUGAUAACUAUGAAUUUCCAGCUAUUCUUUUAAUUGUCUUUAGUUACAGUUUGUUGAACAAAAAAUUACAACUUUUUUCUUGCAUUUAUGUGCCUAUAAUUAUUCUGACCAUUAUUGGACUCCCAUUAACAACCGUUUAUGCCUUACAAACUUCAUUCUUAACUUCUAUCCAAGUAUUUAUUGGAACUGUUGUUGUCUUAGUUUUCUUCUUUAAUGGACUUCUUCAAAUAGAAUUAAUUCCACUUGCACCAGUUUACUAUAUUUCAAUUGUUCUUGUUUCUCAGUCUUGUGUUUCAUUUAUUACAUCUUAUUAUAGUCUUACUUCUCUUCAAGCUGAUUGUUUAUUUGUUGCUCUUUACAUUAUCUUAUUCUGUUUAGUUCUCUUUAAGAAAUUUGGUGCCUCAUUAAUUCCAACUCUCUUAAUGUUCUUUGCAAUAAGCAAAUUAUUAGGAUUCACAUUGUCCAUUGAAUAUUUGGUCCCAAUAUUCUUUUUGGUACAUGCCUUUUGUUCUUAUUGA